AUGAAGGUCCUCUCGCUGAUGCUUAUAUUCCUCACAGUUUCUGGAUAUUCAUAUGUGUUGCAACCCAGAUUGACAGUGGCCCAGGUAGCUGAGCUGGAGAGAGACCAGUCUGAUAUGACGAGUGAGCAGCUGGGAGAUGUUUCACUAUCAGUGGAAGAAGAAGAGAAGGCUGGAGAAUUGACUGAGGAAGGGAAAACUGGGGGGAAAAAGAUGGGUGGGGGCUUGACUCCAGAGACAAAUUCAGAAAGGAGGAUGGCUCCUGAUGAUGAAACAUCUCAGAAAAGUGAUCAAAUGGAUCAACUGAAGCAAGAAAAAGUUGAAGAGGAAAUCCAACAGAAAUCAGUCACAUGUCAGCCUCAACAGUCCUUCCUGGUUCUGUUCUACUGCUUGAAGAUCUUCUUACUGAGGGUGGUCCAGUGCUCAGACAAAGGUGUGGACAAGGUUCCUUACGGUAUUCCCUAUAACUCCCGCUACAUCCUCCUCAUGAAUAACCAUAUCGACGUCAUCCAGCUGGACCUGCUCAAUGAGUACGUCUCUAUGGAGUUCCUAGUGUUGAGCAACAAUCGUCUCAAGGAUGAAACCAUAGAGGGCGCCUUCGAGGGGAUUCCGGCUUUGAAGCGCCUCUACCUGAAUACAAACCUCCUAAUCAGUGUUCCGGCUGAUCUUCCCAUGUCUCUCGAGGAGCUUCGAUUGGACAACAAUCAUCUGAUUGUGAUGUCUGAGGCAGCCUGGGCUCGGUGCCCCGGCCUCUUGAUUUUGAGUCUGAGUAACAACAGCCUGGGGAAUGGAUCUGAAUGUCUUCCUAACGCAGUGCUCUCUCCUUUGAGCAGCCUGCGCACUCUGAACCUGGAUCACAACCAGUUGACUUCAGUUCCUCUGGGCUUACCCCUGUCCAUCAAGCAGCUCUACCUCAAAGGGAACCUCAUUGAGCAAUUCCGUGGAGGAGCCUUCAAUGGGAGAUCAGAGCUGAUGGUGUUAGAUCUGAGUUCAAAUAGAUUGACAAACAAGGGUCUUCUCAAGGAUUCUCUUCUCAAUGCAACACACUUGGAAAGCCUCAAUUUGGAGGGGAACAGACUCAAACAAGUACCACAACACCUUCCCAGCUCACUUAAAACUCUAAACCUAGAGGGAAACCUUAUAUCUUCCAUAAAGAAAAUGGUUUUCGGAACUUUGAAAAACCUGGAAAACCUGGGUUUAGCAAGGAAUAAAAUCUUCAAAGUGGCACCAGGGGCCUUCAAGACAUUGCCAGUCCUUCAUCAGUUGGACCUGUGUCACAACACUUUGCGCCAGGUUCCCAGACAGCUCCCUAAAGCUCUGCACUCACUCGCCCUCACCCACAACAAGAUUCAAACAGUGCCUCGGGAUGCUUUCUGCUGGGGUAAUCAAAGUUAUAGUCUCAGCGGGCUUGUUCGAGUGCAGUUGGAACACAAUUUAAUCGAUAUGGGGAAGUUGGAUGCGCAGGCUUUUAGGUGCCUACGGGGUUUCCAGGUGGUGCACUUCUACUGA